CGAUUAACAUUUCUUGAUCUUUCUGACUCAAAUAUAAGUGGUGAAAUUCCUGAAUCUCUUGGAAACUUGUCGGGUUUGGAAGUGUUGAUUGUUGCUGGUAACAAGUUAGUGGGUUCCAUUCCAUCAUCCUUCAGAAAGUUGAAAGCAUUGAGAGUUUUGUCUCUCUCUUUGAAUCAAUUAAUCGGGGAAAUCCCAAUAUUUAUGGGCCAACUAUCAAAUCUGGAGAGCCUGGAUGUUGCAGACAACUUGUUCAAUGGAACGAUUUCUGAGGUUCACUUUGACAUGCUCUCAAAAUUAAAGAGCUUUAUGUAUCCUCCAACUUGAUCAAUUUUGAAUUUGAAUAUGGUUGGGUGUCCUCUUUUCAAUUGAAAUAUCUCGACAUGGGAUCUUCCAACAUUGGAGGUCAGUUCCAACAUGGCUACAAUCCCAGAAGGCAUUAAUUGGCUUAAUUUAUCCAAUUGCGGCAUUUCAGGAACUCUACCGAGCGGCAUUGGUUACAUGUUACCUCUUCUGAAAUAUUUAUUAAUGAGCCGAAACUCCAUUAAUGGCUCACUACCCGAUUCAUUGUGCAAUAUGAUAGAUUUGAUGGUUAUAGAUCUCUCCAACAAUAAUUUAUCUGGUAGUAUGUUAGAAUCUUGGCAAAACUUUCAAGGCUUAAGGUUUUUGUCAUUGUCAUCCAAUGAGCUUUCAGGCAUCAUUCCUAAAUCCAUUGGAGGUGCUGGCGGAUUGCAAUGGCUUUUGUUGAACAACAACAAGCUUUCAGGACCGAUUCCCUCCACUUUACAGGAUUGUACCAACUUAAGAGUUUUAGAUAUUGGAGAAAAUAUGUUGUCCAGUAGAUUACCUGAAUGGGUCGGAAAUAAGCAACAGUUUUUGGUUCUUAAGUUGAGGGAUAAUCAAUUUCAUGGGGAGAUUCCUCGGGCACUCUGUGAAACUUCUGAACUUCAAAUGCUAGACCUCGGAAAUAACAAGUCGACUGGAAAAAUCCCGCAUUGCUUUGGAAAUCUCUCGGGCAUGAUUGAAUAUAAGUCUCCAAGUCUAUUGUAUAAUAAUGUGUAUAGCUUUCUUCAAGUGUUCCAAGGAGCAGUGAUGGAGUACUCUCGGAAUAUAAGAUAUCUUAUUAAUUUGGAUCUUUCAUGCAAUAAUCUUACUAAGAAAAUUCCUUUAGAGAUGACAAACCUUCGCAACUUGUAUGGCCUCAAUUUGUUACAUAAUUUAUUGGAUGGAGAAAUUCCAGCAAAGAUUGGAGAUUUGACGGCUUUGGAAUCUCUUGAUCUUUCGAGCAACAAUUUGUUUGGAGGAAUCCCCAAUAGUCUAUCAAAUCUCUAUUUUCUGAGCCACUUGAACGUAUCCAACAAUAAUUUAUCAGGACAUAUUCCCACAGGAAAGCAACUGCAAAUUCUCGAAGACCAUGCAAGUUAUGAUGGCAAUCCUCAACUCUGUGGAGCUCCUCUGCCGAAGACAUGUCUUGGAAACAAUUCUCCGAAUGCUUCAAAUGCUAAAAAUUAUGCUGAAUGAGAUGGAGACUCAAUGGAUAAAAUAUGGUUUUGGGGAUUUGUGGUGGGAGGAUUUGCCACUGGAUUUUGGGGUUUCGUUGGAUUGUUGAUCUUCAAACGGAGCUUCAGACAAGCUUACUUUGGCUUUACAGAUGAGAUGGGGAACAAGGUUCUGCUUGUCACGGCAUUACUCCGUCGGAGAAUUUCAGGCGUUGCUUUUAGUUAGAAGUACUCGAGACGAACAUUGGCUUGUUUGUAAUAUAUAAACGUUUUAUAUUUGUCUUGAACUGAAGUUUUAUGUACAAUCAAUCACUAGUAAAGUUUUGUGUUUUU